CGUCAUUUCAACUGAAUGAAAUAGAAAGUGUAUUCAAGAAUUUUAAAACAGGCUGAUAAGACCAACGAUGAGGCAAAUAUUAUCUCUGACAAUUCUGCUCAUUAUUGCUGUGAUAAGCGAUGGACAAUCUGUGGGCGGAUACUACAAAGACAGACAUUGGGCUACUUUUGAAAUGAAUCUAUGGACAUAUUGUAUCAAUCCUAAUCAUUCAAUUUUUAAUGAGCAUACAAUUAUCUCUGAGAAGAAGACUGAAUGGACCAAAGGAUUAACAUUUAUGGAAAAUAAGAAAGUUUCGUACUUGCCAGUCAAGGUUUAUAAGAGCUUUCCAAGCUUAAUAGCUUAUAUUGCAUACAAUUGUUCAUUGAGAACUGUGAAUCAAGAAAAUUUUGAGAGACUCAAAGAACUUCAGUACAUCAGCUUGUCUCAAAACUUCUUAUCCUUCAUACCUGUCAAUACUUUCCAAAAUGUAACAAAAUUGAAGUACUUGUAUCUGUCAAACAACCAUUUUCAAAAUAUUGAUGAAACUUUGUUUAAUAAGCUUGGUAAUUUAAGGACCCUUCAUAUCAGCCACAAUAAACUCUCAAUGGUCCCAAAAACUGCAUUCACAUCACUGACUGAACUUAGAAAUAUUACUUUAUCCUUCAACUUUAUCCAAAGAUUGGAUAAUGAUCACUUUGAAAACAACAAGAAGCUUGAAAGAGUUUGGUUGAACCACAAUAGAAUUGAAUUCUUAAGUUCUACAAUGUUUGAUAAAAUGUCAAAUGUUAAAACUGUUGAUUUAAGUGAAAAUCGAUGUGUUAAUGCUUCUGCAACUCCAACACGAUUGCAACAAUUGAAGGAAAAGGUUAAAUUGAAUUGUUGAUCAGUUUUGAUUAUUUUUUCUUUAAUAAAAAAUUUUAAUGAUUUUUGACGA